GGGGCGGAAGAAGGUGCGGAGGUAAUUCUCUGGCUCGCUUCGCCUCUACUCUCCUUUCCCGACUGACGUUGGACAACAAAGAUGGCUGCAGGAACCAGCAAUUAUUGGGAAGAUCUCAGGAAACAAGCUCGACAGCUGGAAAAUGAACUUGACCUGAAACUAGUUUCCUUCAGUAAACUAUGUACAAGUUACAGUCAUAGCAGUGCCCGAGAUGGAAGACGCGACAGGAAAAUAUAUAAUGAGCUUAUGUUGAGAUUGGAUAUUGAUUUAUUGCAGGAUUAUACACAUGAAUUCCAUAAAACCAAAGCAAACUUCGUGGCAAUACGGGAAAGGGAGAAUCUCAUGGGAUCAGUACGAAAGGAUAUUGAGUCAUAUAAAAGUGGGUCUGGAGUAAACAACAGAAGAACUGAACUAUUUUUGAAAGAACAUGACCACCUUCGAAACUCAGAUCGUCUGAUAGAAGAGACAAUAAGCAUUGCUAUGGCAACAAAAGAAAAUAUGACUUCCCAGAGAGGAAUGUUGAAGUCGAUUCAGAGCAAAAUGAAUACUUUGGCCAAUCAUUUUCCUGCUGUGAACAGCCUGAUCCAGCGGAUCAAUCUGAGGAAGCGGCGAGACUCCCUCAUCCUGGGCGGUGUCAUUGGCGUCUGUACCAUCCUGUUGCUGCUGUAUGCUUUCCAUUGAUGGAACAUCUCCGGGGACUCUGGACAGCCACCACUUUCCCACCCUGAUCUGGAAUAAGGAAAAGUAGGAAGGAGAAGUUGAUUGUCCUGAUGAUUAGCCUCACCAGCAGGAUU